CAUCUUUUUCCCCUCCCCAUCUCUGGCCCUCCCGCUCGAAGGAGAGAAUCUCCCAUGGGCCAUGGCAACGCCGGCCACCCCCGCCCAACCAAAAGACCGCGACGCGAGCCCCUGCCCCGCCCCUCUCCUCGCUCCCGUCCCCAUCGCGAUUUGAUUCGUCUCCCCACCUCCCGUUCCGCUGCCCCAUGCCUCCCGCGCGCCCCCUGCGCGCCGACUCCUCUUGACCCCGUCCCCGGCGACGACGACGCCGCCGCCACCAUGGCCGUCGAUUCCGACAGAGGGGAGGGGGAUUUGGAGAUUGGGUUGGCGUCGCCGGGGUCGGAGGGAGGGGUUUCGCCCGUCGCCCCAGGCCGCCGGGCGCUCGAGUCCUUCCUCUCCGGGAAGUGUCUCGACCAGUCGCCGUCGCGGGCGGUCAGGCGCCCCGCGCUAGUCAUGUCCAGCUCCGGGAAGCGCCUGGACCAGUCGCCCUCGCGUCGGUGCUGGUCAUGUCCCACUCCAGCAAACGCCUGGACCAGCCGCCCGGCCGCCCGGUGCUGGCCAUGUCCCGCUCCAGCAACCGCCUCGACCAGUCGCCGGCGUCGUCGUCCUCCCCGACGCCGGCGAAGGGCCCGGCGCUCGUCAUGUCCGGCUCCAGCAAGCGGCUGGAGCAGUCGCUCGCGUCCCCGUCCCCGUCGCCCAAGGCCGGCGCCGCGACGCCGCCCGUGCUGGUGCUCUCCAACUCCGGCAAGCGGAUGGACCAGGCGGACAUGAACCGCUCUUGCUGUGAUGCAACUCGUCCACGACAGCCGACAUCGAUGCCCGCUGCAUGGCAGCUAUGGCGGCGCCGCGACCGCUGCAUCGCACCUCCGCCAGCGUCGACGACCGCUGCAUCGCAGCUCCAGCGGCCACUGCAUAGCAGCUCCAACGAGGUCGGCGGCCACUGCAUCGCAGCUCCGGCGGCAUCGACGCCUGCUGCAUAGCAGCUCCGGUAGCAUCGACGAUCGCUGCAUAGCAGCUCCGGCGGUGUCACGGCCGCUGCAAUGCAACUCCGGCGGCGUCAAGGACCGCUGCAUCGCAGCUCCGGCGGCAUCGACAAUCGCUGCAUAGCAGCUCCGACGGUGUCACGGCCGCUGCAAUGCAACUCCGGCGGCGUCGAGGACCGCUGCAUCGCAGCUCCGGCGGCAUCGAUGACCGCUGUGUAGCAGCUCCGGCGGCGGCGGCGUCGUCCGCUGCAUCGUAGCUCCUGUGGCCGUUGCAUCAUAGCUCAGACGGCGUCGAGGCCGCUGCUGUCGUGCUUGGAGCAGGACAGUGGGAGCUGUGGGUGAUGCAUGCGCUGCGCGAGGGGAAGAUAGCACUGAGGGGAAGUGCGAUCCAUGGAACACCAAAGAAACGGCUAGGAUUUGCUCCAUCGAACGGUUAUCAAGGCGGUUGAUAACUCUGAGCUAUCCGCCGGCUUACGCCUAGCAUCGGCCGUGAUAAUUACUUUAGUAAACAUUUUUCAACUCCCAAAUAUAUUUUAAAGUCCAUGAGAAGUUUUUUUAACAAA